AUGGCCGUCGCCGUUGAAGCUACUGAACUUACUGAACAACCACCACCGACCUCAAUCCAUCGAUCCAAAUCAGAGUUCGACCCCUGCUGCAAUGCCAAAAUCACCUCCCCCUUCUACCUCUACAACCAUGAUUCCCCCCGAACGUCGGUGGACUUGAAAAAGCUGGGCAGUCCCGUGGAAGUGGCUGUUCAAGAUCUCGAGUCUGGCACAUUCAAUCUCUCGCCGUCAAUCACUCAAGAGAAAAAGGACGCUCAGAACUCGGCGGGCAAAGUUGGGUUCAAGUUCUGGAAGAGAGAGAAGCAGUGCAUGACAAAGCCAAAGCAGAGUGGGUGCGUGUGGUUUAGUCAGUUGUCUGCACGGCAACGCCUGCUGUUCAAGAUCCUCAUCGGGUUCCUAAUCAUUGGAGCCGCGGUGGGAAUUGCUGUUGGAAUCAGUGUCAGGGUCCAUGGCACCGUGUACAAGGGCAACAACACGACUUCGGAGAUUGGUUGA